AUGAACGGUGACAAUUUUUCGUCCCGUGGCGAGGGCCGAAGCGGUCGGGACUAUGCUACUUCUAGGGGAGAUCGUGAUGACCGUCGUGACCGCCACAGAGACCGGGAUCGUGACCGCGACCGCGAGAGAGACCGGGAUCGGGACCGUCACCGCGAUCGCAGACGAUCAAGAUCACCAGACCACCGUGGCGGGCAUCGUCGUGGGGAUGGAGGUGAUGUAGACGCGUAUUCCUCCAGCCGCAACCACCGCGACAGAGAACGGGAGGACCGAUAUUCCGGACGCGAUCGAAGGGCAGAGCGCGAAUGGGAUCGAGAUCGAGGUUCCUCGCGCAGAGAUGCCCGGCGCGAUGAAGAUGACAGGCCCAACAGGAGAGACCGAGAUGGCUUUGAUGAUCGUCGUCGUGGCGGUCGAGGCGGAGACCGACGAGAACGAGAUGACGGCGGUUUUGCACGACAAGAGAGUCGCAGGAGCCCGUCUCCUGCAAAACCGCGAGAACCCACUCCAGACUUGACAGACGUUAUCCCGGUCCUGGAGAGGAAGAGGAGAAUGACUCAGUGGGAUAUCAAACCGCCGGGGUACGAGCUUGUCACGGCUGAACAGGCAAAGCUGUCAGGCAUGUUCCCAUUGCCCGGAGCCCCACGCCAGCAGCCGAUAGACCCUACCAAGCUCCAGGCCUUUAUGAAAGAGCCAAACGGUGGUGUCUCGAGUGCUGGCCUGAAAGCAAGCAAUUCUCGUCAAGCAAAGCGUCUGAUUGUUUCCAACUUUUCCCAAGACACUACCGAGGAGAGCCUCAUAUCCUUCUUCAACCUCCAGCUAAAUGGUCUGAAUGUCAUUGAGAGCUCAGACCCAUGCAAUCUCUGCCAAUUCUCGGCCGACCGAGCUUUUGCAGUCUUGGAAUUCAGGAAUGCUGGUGAUGCUACGGUGGCUCUUGCCUUGGACGGCAUCACUAUGGAGGCAGACGAUUCUAUGAAUGGAGCUGAUGGUGAACAACAAGGACUAUCAAUUCGACGUCCGAAGGACUACGUUAUGCCAGCUAUCCCCGAGGAAAUGGCUUAUGAUCCAAAUGUCGUAUCAAACGUCGUUCCCGACACGGUGCACAAGCUGUCUAUCACGAACAUUCCGACGUUCCUUACCGAGGACCAAAUUAUUGAACUUCUCGCGGCAUUCGGAAGGCCCAAGGCCUUUGUUCUCGUAAAGGAUCGCAGUACUGAAGAAUCAAGGGGCAUUGCUUUCGCAGAAUAUCUAGAGCCAGGCUCGGCCAACGAGCCAGCACUGAAUGCCUUGAAUGGCAUGGACGUGGGAGGAAAGACGUUGAAAGUGGUAAAGGCUAGCAUUGGUUCCACCCAGGUUGCCAAUUUCGAUGUUGGCAUCACAGCCAUCAGCGGCCUGGCCUCUCAAACCUCUAUGGAUGCGCAGAGGGGACGUGUGCUUCAGCUCCUAAACAUGGUGACUCCUGAAGAGCUUAUGGAUGCUGAAGAAUACGACGAGAUCUGCGAGGAUGUUCGCGAAGAAUGCUCCAAGUUUGGAAACAUUUUGGAACUAAAGAUUCCCCGCCCGGUGGGUGGAAGCAGACAGUCUGCUGGAGUCGGCAAGAUUUUUGUCAAGUUUGACACUCCAGAAUCCUGCCACAAGGCAUUGACAGCACUGGCAGGCAGAAAGUUUGCCGACCGAACUGUCGUAACCACAUAUUUCCCUGAAGAAAAUUUCGACGUGGGUGCCUGGUAA